CGUCUUCCAGUCGAUGGAAUAAAUGUCUUAUGGCUCUAGUAAGAAGGCGUCUGAUCUGACAGAGCUAUGGGUCACAGGCGAUAUAUCGCCACUUCGGUAACUCGUGGCUGCAUCUGUAACCGGGACGUCACAUCUGCUGCAUUAGACGAUUGCCUUGGUUACGGACAUGAUGUCGCGUGCUGACCACGUCUCCAGUCACUCCUGAUGCUAUAUUUGACUGAUCACCAUGGAAACUAGACAUGAAGAAGACUGGAACAAGCCGCCGGAACCGGAAGUCCGCCGGGCGAAGACUGCCAUGGAAGAUGAGCUGCUCAUCAAACUUGGAGUUAAACGGGAAAAUAUCGAGUUCCACCCCCUGAUCAAACACCAGCGUGUAGAGAGAGCCUCGACUGCGCUGUCCCUCAAAUACCAAAAGAUCAAACCACCGUACAGAGAAGAGCCACUCUGGAUACGAAAUGCCUGGAAGUGUAACAACGUUGCUAUGCGACAGAUGUCGGAUCUUGCAAGAAGAGGGCCCCGAAAUGCGUCACUGGAUGCUGUUGGGCGUGCGCGAAGCAACCGGGUUCCGUUUCCGGCCGGAGACCCUGAAUACCACAAAAAGAGAGCUGCAAGGUUCAAAAAGCUUUCUGAGCUGCUCAGUGAAUGGCGAGGGUUCCAGCAGCUGGCCUAUGUGAGCCCGGGGGAGGAACAGCUGGAUUUCGGGAGGCUUGACUCCUUCCGUCGAGCCUCCGUCUCCACCUCCACCUCCACCACCACCACCACCUCCCAGAUCUGCAACAUCUCCCGACAAAGGUCUUCCUCCUUUACUGCCAAUCUCAGGAUACGGAGCGCCAAGACGAGAGUCCGGACCACGCCUCAGAAGUGGAUGAACAUGAAGAAAGAGAUGCUGGUCAAUCUGAAGGCAGCCAAACUCAAACUUGACAAGGAUAUACCACGGUCUGAGGUCAGGAUCUACCUGACGGCCACACCAGACAUGGCAGAGGAGCGGGAGUUUUUGGCGGAGGUGGCUUAUCCAGAACUCAGGCGGUACUGUGAGAAACUGGGGAUGAACUGUCACGUGGUGGACUUGAGGACCGGGAUGGACAAACUGGGCAAUGACGUCAUGACCUUCAAGAUGUGUGAGGUGGAAGUAGAAAAGUGCCGCCGGCUCUCCGUGGGACCAAACUUCGUGUGUCUGGUCGGUGAACAACUGGACAAAGAUUUGCCAGGCUUCAUGACAAAGGACGAGCUGGAGCAGAUCAGGGAUGUUGUCAUCAAGCAGAAGAUAGAUGGCGUUGAACUCCUGGACGAAUACUACCGUCUCGACACCAACCGCUUAUCUCCAUUGUAUGAGCUCGCGAGAGAGGACCUACAGAACCUGCCUGAUGCGGAAGAGGCAGAGGACAAUCUGAAGGAACUCCUUACAGAGGCCAUGUAUAUCCUCAGAGAGGACGGGAAGUUCGGGAGGAGAACAAAGGACUUCUAUAAGUGGUCUAUUUGCGCCAAGGAAGUGGAGACAGGACUCUACGGGUGUAGAGAGCCUGGCAGUCAGCUCCUCUGCUUCAUGAGGGACAGCAGUUUGGAACAUCAUGACAAAGGUUUCGCAAAUCUGCUUGCAAUAAUCACACGCUGCUUUGAAAACAAUGGUUGCGAGGGAAACAUUGUGCCUAUCGCAAAAGGAAAGAAGACAUUGAACUAUAUGAGGAGCCUCUGUAAUGUGUUCCUUUCACACGUGAUGACCCUGAUAGAGAAAAACCUUGAUCUCCAGCAAUUCUACAUCGCUGACCAUGUGUCAGGAACAGCUGAUCUCAUCCAGCACGUCAAUCACCAGAAGCUCCUCAACAAAUCUUACACGGACCAGAACAACCAGCAACUGACUGAGCAGAUAAGGGACAUCUUGGCGAACCCAGCCUUCAAGAGGACAGCCAUCAUAUGUGGAGACAAGGGCUCAGGGAAAAGUUCAUUUGCUGCGCACAUUGCAGAAUGCUCUGUUAACUGGAAUCCAAAGGUCAACACAAUAAUCCGGUUCAUUGGUCGGUCAUUGAGAACGUCUUCACUGUAUCACACACUGAUUAGUACCUGCAAACAGAUAGCCUUCCUCUACACACUGAUUGUCAGGUUCCCUCCACUGGCUACACUUGUGGACAUUAUUAAGAUCUUCCGGAUAUUGUUGACAGAAGCCUCUGGAGAUGAGGAUGUUGGUCCUUUGGUCAUCGUACUAGAUGGCCUUGAAAAUGUGUCAGAUCUUGAACCACACCAUGUAUGGGCUCUCAUGGAAGAUCUUCCGCUUAAUGUUUCUCUCGUCUUGACCAUAGAUCGUGAUCAUCCAUAUCUGAAACUGCUCAAGGCAAGUCCGCAGCCAGGACAGUUUUAUACUAUCGAAGGUAUUGUGGGAGACGAGAGGAAGAAGACCAUAAACAAAAUCCUAGAGGUUGCAGACAAAACAGUGACAGGUGAUCAGUUCAAUAUGGUUCUGAAACAGAUCGGUUAUGAAGAAACACCACUUACACUGACUGCAGUGGGUGUUAUUGCUGCCCAUUGGCCUUCUCACACGCUACCAGAGCGGUUCAGCCUGGACUCAGCAACAGAGGCUUUUGAGAAACUUAUUGAAGACAUUGAGGAAAACAUAGGUUUGGCAUUUACCAAGUAUGUCCUGUCUCUACUAGCAACAUCUAGGUAUGGUCUUGCGGACUCGGAACUCCUUCAUCUGGUCUUAUCAGAUUCAGAUCUCUUGAAUGAGCUUCAGAAUGAAAACUCAGAUUUGAGUGUUCUGGAAGGAUACCCAUAUCAAGCACAGCUAUGCAGAGUCUUCAUGUGGAUGGAUCCUUUCCUAGAAGAAAGGAAAGUGGAAGGAGAAACAUUAAAGAAAAUAGGACACACAUCACUUAAAAGUGCAAUACAAAACCGUUACCUUCAAGAAGAAUUUGAAAUGUUGAUGCACAGGCAGCUUGCAUCGUUCUUCCAGUACACAAGACGAGGGCUUCUCCUCACAGCUAAAGAAAUCACAGAAAGAAAAGGUCUUUCAUUGAUAAGCCAAAAUUGGCGAACUCUCAGAUCAGUCCCCUACCAUCUCAGCCGCUCCAGUUCUGAUGUACCAAAUACACUGAAGACAAUCAAGGAGACAGUGCUGCUGAAUUUCAAAUGGAUCAUCAAUGAGAUAUACUCUGGAUAUUUGAACGAUUUUCUGUUUGAUUUAAAGUCUAUUGUUGAUUUACUACAGGUGGAUGAGGAUAUAUUCUUGGUGAGGAGGCUUUUACUCAACCUGAGGCAUGUCUUAGAGGAGAACCCAACUUCUCUUGCAAGCAUAGUCUCUCAGUUCCCAUCUCAUCAUUCCCACCACUUCAAUCAGUUCAUUGAACAAUCCAAGGAAUGGAUGAAACAAGUACACACAACAAUCCUGAUCCCCUCUCCAAACUGUGGUUUCUUCAGCGGUUCCUUCUUUUAUGGGAAUGUAACCAGACAUUCAGAACAGAUGCUUCCAAGUCAGGAUGGCCUGUACCUAGUGUCUCUGAUGAAUGGAAAAUUUCAGACAAUAGAACUCGGAACAGGCGAGUGUCUGGCUUCUGUUGAAGCAUCUCUUCAAAGACCACAUGUGUGGGGCAAGUACAGAGUGACGGGGCUCAUGGACAAUGCACUUAAAACAUGGGAUAUCCUUGGAGGCAAACUCUUGAGAAAGGUACCUCUUGGUAUCAGUAGAAUCACUUGGCUUCACGUGUUUGAUGAUGGAACUGCAUACUUUGCUUCAGACAGCCACAUCAAACGACUCCAUGCUGUGACUGGGAUGCCAUCUAGUGUCAUAAAAGCUCCCCAGCAAAUCAGAGAUGCAGGUAUGUCACACAGAAUCAAGCCCACUAUCUGCACUCUCCACAUACAAACUGACUGGUGUGUGAGGAUUUGGGAAAUGUCCGAUCCGCAGAACUUUGAAACUAUACCACUGGAGGAAAAGGCCUUGUCCAGCCGCUGCAACACAUUUUACAUGACCAAUGAUGGCAAGUACGCAGUGGUUAUGUACGAGAAAGAAGCAGUCAUCUUGUCUAUUCUUGAUCAGGAGGUUGAAUGUAUACUUUCAUGUGCUGAUGAGGACAUCCAUGUUGUCAUGUUUACCAGGAGCCAUGAUCACGUCUUUCUUGCCUCUGAAACUGGAAACAUCAGGGGGAAUUUGCUCAACUCAGGGACACAACUUUUUAGUGCAUCGGUGAAAUCCAAGAAAACAGCAGGACAAGUCACUGCAAUGACAACUUCUGAAGAUGAUCACUUCCUCAUAGUUGGCAUGUCAACAGGGAUGGUGGUUGUGAUGAACAUCCCUUCUGGACAAAGAAUACAUAACAUCUCCUCCCACACAGAGAAGAUCCAACAGCUGUUUUACAUGACGGAUCAUAUCCAUUUCCAGCAUCUCAUCUCACUUGACAAUGACGGAACAGCCAAGCUGUGGAACCUCCAAAACAUCCUCCGGUCGGCAAGAGAGAAACUGUUUGAAAUAAUGUGGGAUGAUGACCUGAUCAAGGAAGAGUCAGAGAAGAUUGAUCUGCCCUCCUACUAUAAACUGUAUGAGUCGAAAGGUAAAAGCAAAAUGUUUCUCAACGGUCCUGAUGUGUCUGCUUUCUACAAUAAGACUGACGAGAACAUCUUUGCUGGACAGUCUACACAGCGGUCUGGGGGCAACUGGGAACAGUCAGGGAACCUCCAGGACUGCCUCGAGGUCAAUGCCUCCAACACUGCUGCAGGUAGGGGCGACAUCUUCAUCACCUAUACCGGAGAAAAGAAGAUUGCAUGGUGGGAUGUCAGGAGAGAGAAACUGCUAUCUGUGAGGGUGGUGGCACCUGGUGGCAGAUUCCACAGGCUCAGGACAGUCUUCUUUGAUCAAGCUGCUUGUCUUAUAACAAGGGACACUGCAGAAAGAGAAACGAUCUCGAUUGUGAACGGCACUGGUAAGAAGAAGACUGUUCUUCAAAGAGAAAAGGUCCUGAGGUGCGACAUAAGUGCGGACUCCAAGAAGAUGGCAACAGUUAAUGUGUCACGACAAGGCUUCGUGUUAACUAUUGUUGACCUCAACACGGAGGAGGAACAAAAGUUUUUCUUACAUCUCGGCGAUAUCACUGGCACUGUCUCCAUGGAAAAGGCAAGGGUCACCCUGUCUAAGGACCUCACUGUGGUACUAGGCUUUCUUAAAGUAGAGGACAGAACACUUAUCAUAAGUUGGAACGUGACAGACGCCGACCGCAGAUCAUCAGAUGAUGGCAGCACUGUAGGAGAGGAGAGGAGCAUCACAACAGACCUCAGGACAAAGAGUGGUCAUUCGUCCGGCGCUGACAGCUUCAAAGGCGAGACAAUUUCUUUCCAGAACGUAACCGAGUUCAACAUUAAGGUUACAAAGUCUAGAUUCUACAACGAACAGGAAGUGUUGUUUGGAACUCGUGAGGGGGAUAUUUUUGUUCUGGACACUUCCACCCUGAAAGUUAUCAAACUGUUUAGUAAAGAGGGUAUAGUGGCAUGUAAGAGUAUAAAGUCGAGCCACACCAAGCCUCACCGAUCCGCAGUGAGGAGCAUGUACUUCACCAGCGACUACGCCCACCUCUUGACUACAGAGGCCUCCAGAGUGUGUGUGUGGAACAUGCAGAGGAAGGUGAUGGUCUACUCACCCGCAACUGGAGACAAGAUGACCAACGCAGUGCUAUCCAAAGAGGGCUGCUUCACCCUGGCUGGCAUGGCUACAGGCGUUGUCAGGCUGUGGGCGAACUACCACAGGAAAAUGUUGUAUUCCUUCCGCAUCCCCACGACACUACAUCACGUGGCGUUAACGCCGGACAAUGCCAGAAUCAUCGCUCUAGUGGAUGAAAACAAUGGCAAACGUGUUGUUGUGUUUGAGAUCAAGAAUGUGGACGAUUAUCUUCUAGACAAGGGGGAUGAGGAUAUAUGAGAAGCAUCCAGUUACCCCUUCCCUGUACAGCCGUAUGAUGCGGAAACGACAUUUCCAGGAAAAUGAGAUUACAUUCCAAACUGUAACAUGUUAAUAUGUAGUACUUGAAGAACAUCCCCUUCACACAAAGAAACAUAAGUACAGCGACACCAGCCUUGAGAUAUUGAUCAGAUGACUUUAGGUACAAAGCAUCGCAUUGUGGUGUAAGGGAAGCAACUCUUCCUUAUCGUCUUGGUGCGUAGGAAGACAUUCAGCGUAUGGGAGCGUUUCGGGGUAAUGCUUACAUAGAAAUAGUUGUCAGAUUAACAACGGAUUACAAGAAACUGUCCAAGCAGUGUAUCUCAAUAUUUCCACACUGACAACAGUGGCACUGGUUUGUUAGACUACUUUAAAUAUCUAUACCGUUUUGCGAGUCUUAAUGUGGAAAUAGUUCAAGCAACAAUGAGCAGAAACAUUUGGUAGACAUUUACAGUGUGUACUGAGUAGUAUUAAUUACAGUCCGUCCACGAGAUCUGUUUCUAAAUAUUUACAGUAAACUUCCCGAUCUGUUUGGGAAUAAAUGACCAAGGAAGAGUGAAGUGAUUUUGAGACUGGCAUGGGCAUGUGAACUGGCAUGGACUACAUGAGAAUGUCCACGCCACCACCUCCCGCCUUGGAGUAUAAAUAGUACAUAUGCAGGAAUAUAAAUAAAUAGUAUAAAUACCACAGUUUUAGACGGACUGCCUCUGUCAGGAUUUAGUGGACAGAGCGUCUGACCGGAGAGUGGAGGUUGACGGUUCAGUCCCCGGCCGCGUCAUACCAAAACACGUGAAGAGAUUAUAUUUGUUGUUACCCUGCCUGGUGCUCUGGUAAAACAAGGAGUGGUCGUUUCAGAGUCAGUGUACUGUGUCUGUGUGGGUUAUCCGUGUUAAACUGCGGCAUGGUAUCUCAGUGGGUUAAUACUAUGAAACCGGCAUUAAUCGGGACUUGUGCCAGCAGACACGACCCGUGAACAUCCGGGGUAGAAUAGGUCUUUAGCAACCCAUGCUUGCCGUAAAAGGCGACGAUGCUUGUCGUAAGAGGCGACUAACGGGAUCGAGUGGUCAGGCUCGCUGAAUUGGUUG